AUGGUUCGACUCUCCUGGCUCGCGCUUGGCCUGGUGGCCGGGGCUGUCUCGGCCACGGCCGAGAACAAGACCGAGAUCGAUUUGAUUUUUCCGCGCGAGGGCACCUUUGCCCCCAAGGAUGCAAUGCCGGUGGUGUUCGCCAUCCAGAACGCCCCCGUCGCCAAGGACCUCCGUGCAACGAUCGAGUACGGCAUCUUUCCGAAAGGUCGCCGAAAUGAGACGGUGCGGAGCUAUGCGGACUACCUCAGUAACAUCCCGGAAAACACGACUACCUAUUUCAGCUCCUCCAAUCUGGACCACAUGCUGAACAAGACCGGGAGCUGGGAGUUCUUCUGGCAACUGUACUGGAUGAACUGUUCGUGGACGCAGGACCCGGCGUACAACAACACCGACUACCCGUGGGUCGCCGGCGCCCUGGGCGGCCUCAACCUGGACGUCCACGAGGACGGCUUCCAUAACACAGCCUACCGCAUCACCGCGGGCUCUCUGUCCUUUGAGACGGCCGAAGGCGGCACCGACGUGAACCUUACCACUCUUACCAGUAGCGACAAGUGCAGCGGCGCCUCAGGCUUCGUCUUCCCGUCCCUCGUGAAGGAUCUCGAUUACCCCUUCGAGUUCCCGCAGACGACCCCAGACGAGAAGACGUGUCCCCAGCUCGCGAGCUCGUCGAUGGCUUCGGCUACAGACAAUGUCAGCCCCUGCAAGGUUAGCAUCAGCCCCGAAGCGGAGGCCAGCAUUCUGGCCGUCGCUGAGUGCCACAAUUCGGUCUGGCCCACUUCGGGAUGCCCGGACAAGAAAGAGAAACCCAAGGAUGACGCCGCGGCCGGCCAGGACCACCGUCAGGCAGCUUGGCUUGCCGCGCUGGCUGUUGCCUUGGGCUUCGGCAUUGUUGGAUACUGA